AUGGAGUCAGGGUCACUGCCCCCUCCCCCUCCUCCCGUCUCCGGUCCCCUCACCCCCCCCCCCCCUCCCCCUCCUCCCGUCUCCGGUCCCCUCACCCCCCCCCCUCCCCCUUCCCCCGGUACACGUCGUUUCCUCUCGUCCAGUCAUCGUCUCUCAGUCGCGCGUCAUUGUCUGCGCGCGCGCACCGGGUCGCGUCUCACGUGUUCUGCCUUUAUAGAAAUCAUGCCCAAAGUGCGCUACAAGUACUGUAUAGUACCUACAUGUAAGAACACUACGUCUAAAACACCUCACAAGGUGUUCUUCACCGUGCCUAUCGGUGAGGAGGUACGGAGAGCGUGGUGUCUAGCGGCUGGCCGCGUGCCCGGAGUACACAAAACAUUAUCUAGUAAAUGUUGCCGUUUCAUUUGUGAGGAUCAUUUUGAUCUGGAAAAUGAUAUGGAAAACUAUGUUAAGUGGAAAUUGUUCGGAGUUGGAAAGUUAAUCUUAAAGAGAGGCGUAUUACCGCAUAAGUUCAUCUGUCAAAAUGAAGGGAAAGAAGCGGAAAAAAAUGUUAGUCCACCGAGAUUAAAAAAAGAUAACACUGAGUAUAGUAAGAAAGACAAAAAACAUUUAAAAAAUGAACAGAAAAAAGGAAAAAAAAGAAAAGAAAAACAGAGAGAACACGGUCGUGAAGAGACUGAUAUUGAGAUAAAAGAGGAAUUUGAUGAAAACAUAUUCGAUCACAACCCGAAGAUAUUAGAUAAGGAAGAAGACAAACAAAUACAUAAUGAUAUAUAUAUAAUAAAAUAUGAUGCGGAGACAGGAGGAGAGUACCUGGUGAAGGUGUUUGAUACAUAG